AGAAUGCGGAAGUUCAACUGGUGAACUUGAGAAGAGUUGGACGGCUGAUGGUGUUGUUUUUUUUUUUUUUUGGGUCGGAGUCUGUAGGGAAGCAAGACAUCUUGAACUGUGUGAAGGGCGAAGCAGCUUGAGGCUGUGCUGAAGAGACGGAGAUGCCUUUAUUUGCUCCCAAUCCUUUUGAUCCAGAUGUGGAAAAAGCAACAAAUGAGCAUAACACGGUGGACGACUGGGGCCUCAUCAUGGACAUCUGUGAUCGCAUUGGAACGAUCCCUAAUGGUGCUAAAGAGUGUUUGAAGUCCAUAUUGAAAAGAGUAAACCACAGAGUCCCACAUGUUGCCAUGCAGGCGCUGACUUUGUUGGGUGCCUGUGUUUCAAAUGCUGGGAAGAUUUUCCAUCUUGAAAUUUGCUCACGAGACUUUGCAGCUGAAGUUCGUAGCAUUUUAAAUAAGGCUCAUCCCAAAGUUUGUGAGAAGCUGAAAGUUCUCAUGGUGGAGUGGGCAGAAGAAUUUCAGAAGGACCCACAGCUUAGCCUUAUCAAUGCGACUAUAAAGACCUUGAAGGAAGAAGGUGUUUCAUUUCCCAGUCCAGGUUCUCAGUCGGGCAGUUCUGCAAAGACCAGCACUCAUGCAGUACAAAAGAAUGCAGAAGACGAUGAUUUAGCAAAGGCUAUUGAGCUAUCCUUACAAGAACAGCGUCAACAGCCAGAGACCCGACCCAUAAUCCCUCCUGUAGAUCCUCCUUUUAACAACAAGGACCUGAGAAAAGUGCGUGCCUUGUAUGAUUUUGAGGCAGUGGAAGAUAACGAGUUGACCUUUAAAGCAGGAGAGCUUAUCAUCGUACAAGACGAUAGUGAUCCGAACUGGUGGAAAGGAGAAAAUCACAGAGGUGUCGGCCUGUUUCCAUCUAACUUUGUAACGACCAGCCUAAAUUCAGAGCCUGAACCGGCACUGCUUGUUGAGAAAACUGCUCAUCUUGAUGAAACAAAGCAGGAAUCAAAGAUCGAACCAGAACCCGUUUAUAUAGAUGAGGAAAAGAUGGACAAAACACUGCAUUUGCUGCAGAAUACAGACCCAGCUGUCGCCCAGCCAGACUCGCCAGAACUUCUACAUUUAGAAGAUAUCUGUCAACAGAUGGGACCAAUGAUUGAUGAAAAAUUAGAAGAAAUUGACAGGAAACAUUCCGAGUUGUCCGAGUUGAAUGUGAAAGUUUUGGAAGCCCUGGAACUUUAUAACAAGCUGGUGAAUGAAGCUCCCGUGUACCCCGUGUAUUCCAAGCUACAGCCUCAGGCACCUUAUCCACAGAUGCCAACAAGUGUGCCAUUGCAGACUUUUGCAGGUCAUCCACAAAGUGGCACAUAUAUGGCACCAGGAAUUCCACAGGUGGCUCCAGGACAGACCUACAGUUUAGGACCCGAGCAGAUUGGCCCCCUUCGGUCACUUCCUCCGACAGUGAAUUCCUCAGUCGCAAACCAGCCAAGCUCAUCUCCAUAUAUGGGCACUGGACUCAAUCCUUCCUACAUGAGUCAAGCCGCAGGUUGCCCGGUGCCGUAUCCCCCUCAGCACAUGGGGGUGGCAAUGGACAUGUCCGCCUAUCAGAACACUAAUGCCAGCAUGACGCAGUCGUCCACGUUUCCUGUGACAUCUCAAGCUCUCCCGGUCCAUCAGCCGCAGCCCACCUAUUACCAACAGCCCCUCCUUUAAGUGCCCGGACUCCACCGGCUGUCGUGCAUUUCUUUGAAAGUGGGUUUGGAGAAGAGCAGACCACGGAAAUUUAAGUAGAAAGAUGUUAUCAUGUGAUUGCAAACUGCCCUGUGGCAUCUUGGCGUUCCUUCAAGGUGGAAGGUUAAGUUUAAAUUUGGGUGAAUGAGAUGCUGAAAGGCAUUUAGCGUUUUUUUUUUUUUCUUCAGUCCAUGUUUAUAAUUUUAUAAAUAUUUAAAAUGAAGUGUAUAAAACACCUGGAGCAAAAGAAUUCCUAAUAAACGCUGCUCCAUUUUGUACUCCUAAAGCUUUUCUUUAGGAUGCUGGCACUGUUGUAGAAGGAAACGCAUUUUGUCUUAGGAGUGGAGAGGCCUGUUGCUCCACCAUUUGUAGAGCUGGCACAGUGAAUGGCGGCACUCCUCGCGUGUUAUUUCACAGGCUGGCACAGUGGUGACGCUGACGAUCCUGUUGUCAUUGUAUGUCACAUCACUGCAGGUUAAAGCGCUGAUGAUUCUUAACACGAAGACCUUCCUUGAAUGCUCGGCAAGCCUGUGCGGGAUGCCGUAUUGUACUCCAUGGCAUACUUUUUUUUAUAAUUCUUCUUAGUUGAGAUUCAAUUGCUAAAGGAUUCAUCCCUUACCACCUUCUCCAUAAUCAGUACCGACAAUGUAGUAAUUGGUUUUAAGCUGUGUGUUUAUGUACGGUGUGGUGAGCUGUUUGAUUUUCUCUUUUUAAUCAUCCAGAAAUAAACCCUGUUGAUGCCGCCUAAGAAAAUGCAAAGCGUAGAAACACAAAAUGACUGGCAAGUCGCCACCUCCUGGUCCACAGCUGGUCACGUUGCUAACUUGUAACGCUGUUUUCUCUGUACGACGCAGCAGUUCUCUUAAUUUAAUUUGUAAAUGACAUUUCUCCUCUGGCCUCAUUCCUCUUCAAUGUCCUGUUUAUUAAUCAAGUGUGUUGAUGUUGAUGCUCUUCAUAUUCAGCCAUGUUGCCGUUUUUCUACAUUCUGAAUCACCAUCUGCUACUAACACUUUUGAUGGCCAAAAGAGACCAAAUGUUGUCUGUUAAGUCAGUAGUUUGUGUGUCUUCAGACCCCCCACCAGAAAGGUUAACACUUUGUGACAGACUAGCAGACAUGACAUUAACAGUCGGUGAGGAGCUGCGCCGCGUACACACGCUCUGUAAAUUAGCCGUACGAUAGUCAGGAUCUGUUCCUGUUGCACCUUACCUUUAUAAACCUUUUGCUAGCCGCUGGCUGCCUUUUUCUUUAAACUGAUUAAAGAGGAAUUAAAGCUGCUGGAUGGAAACUAAAUCUUACUAGGGUUUCUUAAACUUUAUAUUCAAUGUUUAGAUGAUAUCUUGCAAGCAAUGGUUUUAUAACAUGACAGUUCUUUUUGGAAUUUGUUACAUCUGCAUUGUAAAAUGUUUAUCAGUAAAUACUAGAAAUAAAUUUUAUCUUGUGA